UCUUACUUCCCGAGGAGGUUCAUUUUGAUGUCGCGCUACGUGAGCAAUGGAAGAAUCCGUCGCGUUCCUCCAAUCCGUGUUCGUUCCGCGGGUGCUGGUGCUGACGACGCCGGACGCGGAGCGAAUGUGUUGCAAAAGCGGGUUGAAUUUUGCAGAGCUCCUGUCGCCGUUCGCCUCAGUGCGUGCGCAAAUCUAUUUGCGUGAUCCGUUGAAUCAGACCCUGAGUUUGGACUCGCUGUCGGUCCGCUUCGUGGACGGUUCGGAGUGCCCGGUGGAUGCCAAUUACUCCAAGAGAGUCCUCGGGGAAGUGGUGAGUCGGUGGUUUGCGGCGGACGACGCCGAGUGCAGCCAGUAUGCAGGCGACGACGACGACGAAGACGUGGCUAAGCCCAAGACGCAGCCCUGGUUUGAGGCCUGGCGGGACGCGUAUUUGGCCUUCAGCGGUGCUUCUGGCCCGGACCACGAGUUCUUCACGCACGUCCUGAGCGUCGUCAUGGUCAUCUCGGAGCGCGAGCAGCCCCACGAGUCCGUCGCUCUGCUCUACAAGAAGCUGCAUCACGACCUCAAGGUCAAACUCCUGUCCUCGUCGGCUCUCAUCUACUAUGUCGUGGUGCACGAUGCCAGCGAAAGUGCCGACUUGAUCACUGCGGAGAAAAGGUGCGAAAUGUUGCGUUCGCAACACGGAUAUUCGUCUGCCAGCGUCGUGACGCUCAAUUCAAAUACCGGUCCAGACUCCUCGGUCCCGAGUGACACGUGGGCUGCUGUGCUGGCGAGGAAGCGAUUGUUUCAGAGGCCGAGCAAGACCAAGCGCUGGGCCCAGACGCCGGAUGAGGCGGAGUUGGAGGAAGGCGCCAACAUGGGCGGCGCUUUGCCGUGCAUCGAGGCCAGCGGCAUGCCGUCGGGCAGUGGGCCGAGUUCGCCGCCGGAACUGGCGACGGAAGCCAUGAGCACGUCGUCCAGCACCAACACCACCACCACCACCACCACGCUGGCCGGCGGUAGUCCCGCGUUGCAGGCGGUCGUCAUGCAUCCACUGUCUCCGGAUGUGUCGUCUUCUUCGCUGACGACAACGCCGCAUCUGUCGGUCUUGGAUCCGUGCGGGGGAAACGGCAGUGGUUUGGACGAGCAGCAACACGCUGGUACGACGACGACGAUCGUAGUUGUGAACGAAGACGGACUGCCGAACCCCGGCUGCGGGGACUUGCAGGAGGAGGAGAUGUCAGUCGUGGGCAAGUGCCUGUCGUCGGAGGACUUGGAAUCGAUCAAGCAGUUUCUCCUCCACUUUGUCACCAAGGCCCUGGUCCCGUACGUGGAGCGGCAGAUGAAGGUGCUCCACGACACGGUUGGCACCCGGAAAGGCAUUCACAGGUCCAUCGUGUCAGCCACCAAGAAGUGGUUUGCCCCUGCAGGCAGAGCUGUUGCCGCUUCGAAUAAUUCCGCGUCCACCCCUCAAGUUCUCUACGCUGCCGAUUCGCCGGAAAUGCAGGUGCGGAAGCUGGCGGACUUGUGCUUCAUGUUCCGGCACUACGAGCUGGCGUACCAGGCGUACCACAACGCCAAGCGGGACUUUGACGCGGACCAGGCCUGGCUGCACAUGGCCGGCGCCCUGGAGAUGGCGGCUGUGUCUGCUUUCUUGCACGCUGCCGCCGCUGUUGGUCCCGCCGGGAUGAUGAGUGGCAGCAGUGCGGCAGGAAACAACUUGGUUGAGGCGCAGCAGCAAAUGAUGAAGCAGGUACCGCUGAGAUACCUGGAGAUGGCCGUGAGCUCGUACUUGAACGUGUGUCGAAUGCCGGAACUGGCGACGAGGACGGCACUGUUGAGCACAGCCGUGCUGCGAGCCCGUGGCCUGUGGUCGGAGGCUGCGCUGGCCUACAUUCGACUGAGUGGCGAGGACUCGGACCUGCGUUCCGCGCUGUUUCUCGAGCAGGCCGCCUGGUGCUUUACCCGGACCCAGGGCGGGGCCAUGCGGCGUAAGUUUGGCUUCCACAUGGUCUUGGCUGGCCACCGGUUCUACAAGAGCGGCCAGAAGAGACACACGGUGCGGGCCUAUGAACUCGCGUUGAGCGUGUAUCGGGGACGGGGCUGGCAGUUGGCGGAAGACCACAUCAACUACACGAUCGGACGCCAGGCAAGGGGACUCGUUGCUGGCGUGUCGCUCAAGGCGCUGUUGGCGCUGGUGGCCAACACGGCGGGCCAGAAGCCCUUGCAGCAAGAGGCCUUUGUCAAGGAGUUUCUCUUGACUCAUCAGAAAGCUGACGAGGAAGAACGGAAUGCAGUGCAACUUCCUUUGCCAAUCAUUCUGGCAAACGAUUGCCAACUCUUGAUUCCUGGCCCAGCUCUUGAAAACUGCGCUGACCAUCGGGCUGUGUCUGCGACGAGCGUUUCUUUCGAUGACAGCGUCGAUGAAGAACCUUUAUGGGCAAAGAUGGAAGAAUUGGCGCUGGAAGCAGCCGAGCGUCGGAAUGCGUCGCCGAUUUUCCAACCGACGCUGCAACGAUUCGGUCCGGGCACGAAUAAUUUGCAUCACCCAGUCGCGUACGUCGGUGAGAGGUUUUUGGUGCGGGUCGUGUUGAAGAACCCGUUGGAAGUGCGCCUGGGGAUGCGCGACGUGGAGCUCUCGUGGGAAUUCACCGGGUCCGGGGAAGUCGUGCAGGCCGAAUGCGGACAGGCGUUGCUUCUUGAGGCACAAUCCGUGUCUACGUUGGACAUUAGCCUCACUGUUCACGGGGAAGGCCGAAUCGAGAUCCUCGGAUUUAGGUACAAGUUGAGGUGCGAACCCGUGUUGGAAAGUAACGCCGUUCCGCCGUCGUCGGCAAACAGUGCAGUCGAAGCUCAGGGGCAUCAGUUAUUCCGCCUUGCUGGCCCGAGGUUGAACAACACGAAAGCCGAGCGCUGUUCAGUCGUCUACGGUGUGGACAAGCGUUUUUCUGUCAACGUUGUCGCCCCGACAGCGUCAUUGGCUUGCGGUUUCGUUGGCAUCCCGGACACGAUGUUGCGGAACGAGUUGCGUCCUUGUCGGCUGCUGGUGCGGAACGUGGGCCCUGCUAGCGUGGCUCACUUGGUGUUGGUGCUCCGCGACGCCCAGUGUUGGGUUGUGGGCCAGCCUCGAUUGGGCAGUGAAGCGGACGGACACGAGGAGGAGGAGGCGGAGGACGUGUUGACGGCUGCUACGACUGACAUGCAUCUGGCCCCCGCACUGAGUUGUGCAUGGGUUCAUUCAUCUGUGAUGUUUGCAGGAGAAAGCAUGACGGUUCCGCUGUGGUUGCGAGCACCAGGCGUGAUUGGCAAGUGGCGAUCGCAAGUGCUCAUUCUCUUCCAGGCGGACCGCAAUGCCGUUGCAAAAGCGGAUAAACGACGCCGGCAUCGGAUUUUGAGACACGCGUUUCAAGUGGAUGUCCAGCCCAGCAUUGGGAUUUCGGGUAGUUGGAAGCGGUGUCCUCGGAUGCGGACCAUCCAGUCUGACGAGGAACUCGAGGGCAGCGGAGACGCAUUCAAUAUGAUUGUUGAAGUGAAGAACGAAUCCAGGCCAUUGUCGGAGUCGAGCGGCGGCCAGGCCACGUUGGUGAAUAUGUCUGUCCUGGGCGGAGCGUCUAGCAACCUUCUCAACUGCGAAUCGCAAAAAGUCGAAUUGGGUCCUCAGCAGCGCCACCAUUUCUUUCUCCGCGAGGAACGGAAUGCGUUUGUUGGAACGAGUCCGUCCGUCGCCUCUGCCGACAGACGGACGGCCGUGGCAGCCUUCCUCGCUCAAGCCGUGCACGCGGCAAGUCGAGCAGCUGCUGCAGCUUCGGCGGCAGCGAAGGGUCUGGAAGAGGAUUCCCGCGAGCAGAGGCAGGACGAGGACGCUGCAUUGUCGUCGUCGGCGUGUCCAGACGCCUGGGCUGGGCCACGCUCUGGCUCUCCGCCGCCGGCCUCGUUCCGUGGCCCACGAAUCAAUGUUAGGAGAGGAGGGGAAUUGUUGGUGAAAAAGGGCGGCGAAGGUGAGGAGGAGGAGGAGGAGAAGGAGAAGAAGAAGCGACGGCUGGCGUGCGUGUGGCGGGUGAGUCGGCCGAACGCGGGUGUGGCCUGGGGACUGUCGAGUGUGGAGUUGGCCCAUGGGCUGUCCGAUGUGUCUGGCCAAUGUGGAGACGCGGGCGGAGAGUGGGCCGACUUUUUGUCUUGUCGCUUUGAUCAUUUGCCAGAGACGAAGCACGACUUUGAUCGGAAAAGGGUAUGCGUCGUGCAAGUGCGGUUCUUUGUGCAGAACUGCUCGCAUGCCCACGUGAUCGUCACCGUGGACGCAUCGGGAGACGCGUUGCCGCACAGCGUGGUGUCUGCUGGCGGCGGCGGGCUGAUUCGCGGCGGGAGCAGUAUCUCGAGUCCCUUUGUGCUCGUCGGGCGGAAAGUGAAGAAGGGCUUGAGUCUGGGUCCCGGGGAAACGUCGACCGGCAUCGUGAUGAAGGCGGCUUUCACGCGUCCGGGUGCCUACAAUCUGGCACACAUGCCGCCGGCCUUGGGAGUGACUAUGGCGGCAGACGGAACAGACGGUGGUGGUGGUGGUGGUGGCAGCAGCAGCAGCAGGGAAAGUGGAUUCGGAGGAGGCUUGGCAAAGACGAGUGCAACUACAAUGACAAGUUUAUCGUCGGGAGAACGAUGGGAGGUGGGGGGAAAAGCGAGUGCAGUGCCAUACAGUGCAGUGUUGGUAGUGACGAUUGUGAUUGAGGAUCGAUAUGGUUGGGAAGCCAGGAUGGGCUGGCAGCGGAAGGUUUACGCUGUCUUGUCAUUGUCGUCGAAGCCGUUGUCUUCGUUGGUCUCCGUCGUCAUCCUCCUCCUCCUCCUCCUCCUCCUUGUGUUGCCCACAGUCAUCAAUGACAGCGAGCACGAGAAAGAAGAAGAGUUGGAGUUGAAUGCAUUCCCGCGGCGAGUGUUUCACUUGGCCGAGAAGGAGUGGAAGUACCCGUCAUCAUUGGAGCAAGUUCUCGGCAAGAGCGGGCGAGUCAAGGUGAGCUGGUCGUGUGGCGGGGAGAAGGUGGACCUGGACUGCGGGUCCAGAGGACGUGUCAUUGCCUUGCUGAGUGCCGACUGGGCCACGAAGAAUGCGAGUAAGAGGGAACGAUUUGAGAGACGAGGCUCGUCGUCGAGGGGAUGUGGUGGCUUGAUACGGGUAGAUGGCGGCAGCAGUGGAGCUGCUCGUCGGGGCUUCGUCUCGACGCCCGGCUAUCCCGGGACGACGUCGGAGGCCAAUUGCACGUGGACGCUGUUGGCCCCCGACAACUCCUCGCUGCUUGUUGCCCCGCUAGACAUUAGCAUGCGAGAAGUUAAUCUCGAGACUGGACUGUGCGACAAGGACGGGUCGGUGGACAUCCGGUCGACGGACCUCGAUUUGAGUCUAUGUGGGCAGUCAAAUGCAGUGAGGGUCAUUGCGGUCAAGGGGAACCGAGUGACGAUUGGAUUCCACGCGAACCGAGUUGUUCCCGCCGCGCUCUUGUUCUACUACCAACAGAAGGGAUGUUGUUUGGUUCCUGGUUUGUUCAGGAGUGACGGAGCUGCCACUGUCCUCAGCCUAGCAUGGCUGGCGAGCUCUGGGUGGGUUGGCAAGGAGUUGAUCCUCAUCGAAGAUGUCGAUGGCAGCAAGACCGGUGGCUUCCUCAAGAUAGAGGGUGUCCUCAGCAGCAAGCAGGCAAUUGUUGUUGCAGUUGAUGUCCACGUUGUUGGUGGUGCUGGUAGAUGCACUGUUGGUGGAGGGACUGGGCUGUGUGCCGGCAUUUGGCUUGGGCAUGCUGGCCCGUUUGUUGGAGGAUUCUUUGUUGGCUGUCGGAAACUAGUCAUUUCUGGUGGCCACGGACGAGUGGUGUUGUCGUCGGCAAAAAAUGCCCUGGUGUCUUGUCGCAAAACCUAUUUGGUUUCGCGCGUUGUUCGGCCCUGGGCUGUCUUCUCAUGCCUGCCAAACAACAAUUGGAACCAGACCCGUGUCCAGUGCCAAAGUGUCUCUCAAAUUGCUGCUUUGAUGAGUGCAAGGCAACAAGGAGAUGAUGAAGAAAAAGAAGAAGACGACGAUGAUGAUUAUGAUGAAAAUGGCAAUGAGGACGAGAGAAGCAAGUCGUCUUCUUUUACAGGUCAAGUCGGAGGCAAAAGCCAGUUGUCUCUCGACCUGGUCAACGACGUUGUAGCUCCCGUGAUGCUCAUGGGAGUCAUGCUCGGUGCUGCAGUCUUUGUCUGGUCUUUGGACAAAGAAGAAAGCGCUACAGUUGGUCUUUUCUUUUUCCUCGUUGCAGGCAAAGUGAAGGACAAGGAGCCGGAACAACCUCGACUGCGUUUCAAGAGAGGAAGGAAGACUGCCCUAUGUUACUGGGUCAGGAUGACGGGCAUUCGUGGCCUUUGGUGCCUGUCGGUGUGUGGUGCCCUGGCUUCUUUCUCUCCAAGUUCAGCCGAAGUUCCGAUUGUCAUCUGGCACGGAUUAGGUGACUCUUGCUGCAACCCGCUGAGCAUGGGCGGCGUGGUGCGCAUGCUGAAGCGUCACGUGCCGGACGCGUACAUCCUGUCCAUGCGGAUCGGGUCCAACAUUGCGGAAGACAUUGACAACAGCUACUUGAAGAACAUCAACGACCAAAUUGAAAUGGCGUGCGACACGAUCCGCAACGACUCGCGUCUGGCAAACGGGUUCCAUGCCGUCGGCUUUUCGCAGGGGGCCCUCUUUAUGCGGGCAAUUGCACAAAGGUGUCCUUCGCCGCCGAUCCGCAACCUCAUUUCGGUCGGUGGCCCGCAGCAGGGCGUGUUUGGUCUGCCCAGAUGCCUCGGCUCUUCCAAUCAGCUGUGCGAACUGGCCCGUCGAGUUUUGGACCAUGGAGCCUAUGUUCAGUGGGUCCAGAACUCGUUGGUGCCUGCGCAGUAUUGGCAGGAUCCAUUCCAUCUGGACGCUUACCGGAAGUACAGCUCGUUUCUCGCAGACAUCAACAACGAACGAGAGAGGAACGAAUCGUACGUGAGGAACCUUGGGCAAGUUGGCAACUUGGUGCUCGUCAUGUUCAACAAUGACUCGGUGGUGCAGCCGAGGGAGUCGGAGUGGUUCGGAUUCUACGACGCGGGGCAGGACAAGAAGGUGCAUUCCCUGCAGCAGUCUGCGCUCUAUGUUGAGGACCGACUUGGGUUGAAGCAAAUGGAAGCCGAGGGGCGACUCAAGUUCCUGCGAACGGACGGCGACCACUUGCAAUUUGCCGAGGACUGGUUCGUCGUCAACAUCAUUCAACCGUAUCUGCUCGACCAAGACGCAAUAUCUGUUUGA